AUGGAAAAUAUAAAUUUUGAGGUAGAAACAGAACAAGGCUUUAAACUUCAUGGAACAUUGCAUUUAAAAAAUGAAACGCUAUGUGAUGAUAUUAUUAUAUUUUGUCAUGGUCUUUUAAAUACAAGAAACUCGAAUAUUAUUCAAUCCGUUAUUAAUAGAAUUAAAUUUAAUUCUAUAUCUUUCGACUUUCAAGGAAAUGGAGAAAGUGAAGGAACGACAAAUUUCGGAAAUUACGUUGAAGAAGUUGAAAAUCUUCGUUGUAUUAUUUCUUAUGUGCGAUCCACAUUGAAACGCAAAGUUCUUUGUAUUUGUGGACACAGCAAAGGCGCAAUUGUCGUUUUAAUGUAUGGGUCAAAAUUUAAUGAUGUCCCUUUAAUCAUUAAUAUUUCUGGUCGAUAUGAUCAUUCACCAAAUCCACCUUAUUUUACUUCGGAACAAAUUGAUCAAUUAAGAACUACUGGAUCAAUUGUUUUAUGCAAGUUUGGGUUAAAGAAAGAUCGAGAUUAUGUCGUCCGUCAAGAAGAAUUUGAUACACGAAAGCAAUUAGAUAUGUCAUGUGUAAAAAAUAUUGAUAAACAAAAAGUAAGAGUUUUAACCGUCCACGGUUCCAAAGAUGAUAUUUGCCCAAUUGAAGGAGCUCACACUUAUCAUCGAUUAAUUGGUCCUGAACCUUAUCACAAAUUAAUUAUAAUUCCUGAUGCAACACAUAUUUUUAAUAAUGGUGAGCAUCAGAAAACUUUGGCGAUGCAAAUACAAUCUUGGAUUUCUGAAAAUUUAUCAUAA